AGAAAGUACUGGAAGUCACCUACCUGCAGCAUCCUCAACGCCAUUAUCCUUAGCGUCAUCAUCAAUAGGAUCAUCUACUGGGUCAGCAAUGCCAAUUUCAAGCUCUGUGGUGUCGCCAUAUCCAAGUAGCAGGCCACUCCAGCCUGGUGAUAAUCUGCCAAGUAGGCUGCCAGAUGUUGUUGUGACGAGGUAAGAUCGCUAAUGGAAUUAGAAUGCGUGUUCAGCGUAAUUGACACGGCUUUCAUUCGCAGUUAUGUGGUGGAUACGCCAACAACUUUACCAAACACAAGUCAAAAGGCGGAAAGUGCGGACGUCAGUGAUGAUGGUGGGCCGCAACACUUGAUCACAGCUGCUAUUGUGGUAUCCUGUGUUGUAGCAGUGACCAUGAUAGCCAUUUUCAUAUUUCGACGUGUUAAACUGAAGGUAUGGUUAGGCAUAGAGUCAGGCACACAUUUCGGAACACCAUUGAACUUACUGUCGGAGUAUCUUGUUUUUUGGGGGGCAUCGGAACAGCCGUCACAUAGCUUCAAGCAAAAACUGUCGAGCCGGCCUGCAAGUUUUGUGUCGCCCAUUCAACACCAUGAUGCCGUAUUUCUCCGCGAACUGCAACAUGUUUAAAAAAAUUGAUGCUCAAUCACUGUAGCUAAUAUGUAUGAAUGUAUCCCUACGUAAUAGAUGGUCCACUUUCGAAUCACAAGAAAGUAACCUUGCAUAUCAUUAUUUCUGUCCAGCACCCAUAAUU